CAAGGGGCUUGAGCUGGAUGUGAUGUCUCCAUGUGAGAAGCACGGCAUGGCAUCUGAGAGGCUUGUUGCCUUUGAAGGAACAGACACAGGCAGGCGGUUUUUAGCAUGUGCACAGCCGGCAGGUAGCAAUUGUGGCUUUGUUGAAUGGGUUGAUCACCAGUGGCCCCCAACAAUGCAGAAUGCAUUGUUGAAGCUAUGGGCAAUGGUUGAAGAUGCCAAAACUGCUAGGGUGAAUGACAAUUUUGAAAGUUCUUUCACUAUCCACCAUCUGACAAAAGAAAAGAACAAGCUGGAUGCCAACUAUGACAAGCUAGUCCAAGAUGUGCAUGAGCUGAUGAACUUCCAGGAAGAUAAGGUGGUGGAUUUCAGACAUCUGCAGUCUGCCAUUACAUAUCAGCAGGAGGUAAGAAAAGAACUGAUUGAUGAUAUGAAGGCACAGAUGGCAAGUGAGAUGGCAAAGAAAGAUGAAGAGACCCAGAAACUUACUCUCAAGUAUGAGCUGCUGCUCAACCUGACAAGAGCUCAAGCAACAGUCAUUCAGAACUUGAAGCUGAACAAAAUGAAAGAGAAGCAAGUGCUUACUGAAGCUAGUAUGAAUUUGGAGCUGAAGAAUGCAGAGCUAACAAAGUGUCAGGAGAAGCUCACCCAAGAGAAGCUAGAGUUGAAGCUUGAGGUUGCUGAUCUGCUUAAGGGAAAUGAAAAGCAUAUUGAAGAGAAGUGGCAGUUAGAGUUUCAGAAUGAAAAGUUGAAGGAGAAGUUCAGGGGGAUUCAGGCCAUCUUGGAGAAGUGAAGAAGAUGAAAAUGAGAUUAGUGGCAUUGCUGACCUUUUGGGAAUGAUGGUUGUGUAA